UAUGUCCGAAUCGGGGUCUCUAUUUCCUUCUCACCUUGACCGCCAUCUCGUUAUCUCUCAGCGCUAAGUAUGCGCCCUUUGUAUUAUGACCAUCACCAAUCCAACCCAAUUAAUAGACGAGUUCAAAAAAUCGGGCGAAUUUGACCGUCUGAGACGUGAUCUCCUGUCACAUUUCCAGCGUAGUGACCGCACUGAGGCCUUUAAAUCUCGGGUUGAUGAUAUAGCCCGACAACGGCUGUCUUCUGAUCCAAAACUGAUAUCUAUGCCCAACGAUGCUGUCCAGCGUGAACUGUUAGGGGAAAUCGACCGCUAUCCCAUUGUUGAACGAGCGGUGGCUGACGCUCCUUUAUUAUCUGACCCAUCAUUCAUCUCUGGCAUACGUGCUUCACUGGAACGUACCAUGUCGGCGGGCAGGGGCGAAAAGAACAACGCUACUCCAAAUAGGCCAAUUGACGCCAAACCUGCAACCAUGUGAUUCGGGCAAUUCCGAUUUCAAUCCAGCUAUUUCCCAGCCCAAUGGCGCUCUGACACCUUCUCCGGCGGCCCAGAAAGAGUGAAUUUGACCAUCGCAGCCCUGGCGUCUCUACACAUAGUCUGACUGGACACUCAAGUUCUAUCUAAAAGGUUCGACUACUACGCUCUCUGCGCAAGGAAUCACUUACGAUUGGGAGACUAACAAUCCAAGCAAAAUCCGUGAUAUAAUAUACCGGCAGCUAAGCUUCGAAGUGUUGUGACGAUAAUAGGCGAAUAUUUCUUAGAUUCAAGUCGUUGUGAGAAAG